AUCCCUGAUGGGGCUUUUCUAAAGCCUCUAGCCCAAAAACCCCAAUGAAUGGGAUCUGAUUGAAUUAGGGUCGGGUUAGCCCCGUAGUCCACAACAUCAUCUAAACUAUUCUCAUCGAUGAAGAAACAUUUGCUUAAGCGCUGAACAGCAACCGCAGACGGCAACACAGAGUUGACGACAGACAGCGGCGCACGGGGGACGACAGCAUACAGUGGACGACAGCACAAAGUGGAUUCAACGGCUUGACGGCAGCGGUGGUACAGGCAGCGAAGAAGAAUCAAGAACUGAAGAUCAAGGUGCCUAGUCCAUGAAAACAGACCUUUCUCUUCAAUUUUCCACUGCCAGUGCUCUCUCUGCCAUGCUUGCAUUUUCGAGAGGCUUUGUUUCCCGUUUGCAGCGCUUUGCCGUCAAUUCACCCUCAUCACUCCGAUUUCUUAGUUCUGAUGCAGAGAUUCAGACUCGGAUUAUUGAUCCAAAACCUGGUUUGAUGACCCCUGAUUCCAAGCGAACUGGGCUUAUAGCGGUAAAAUGUGGAAUGAGUGCGCUUUGGGAUAAAUGGGGUGCUAGAAUCCCAAUCACUGUGCUUUGGGUGGAUGAUAACAUUGUGUCUCAGGUUAAGACCCCAGAGAAAGAAGGUUUUUGUUCUCUCCAGAUUGGUUGUGGACAUAAGAAGGAAAAACAUUUGACCAAGCCUGAAGUUGGUCAUUUUAGGGCGCAAGGAGUUCCAAUGAAGAGAAAGCUUAAGGAGUUUCCAGUGACAGAGGAUGCACUUCUUCCUGUUGGAGCAUCACUUAAUGUUCGCCAUUUUGUUCCCGGCCAGUAUGUUGAUGUCACUGGAAUAACCAAAGGAAAAGGUUUUCAGGGUGUGAUGAAGCGGCAUGGAUUUAAGGGAGGUCCAGCAUCCCAUGGUGCUUCAUUGUCCCAUCGAAGCGCUGGUUCUGUUGGUCAUAUAACUGGUCCGGGAAGGGUUUUUAAAGGUAAAAAGAUGGCUGGGCGAAUGGGUGGAGAACAAAGAACUGUUAAAAGUGUAUGGGUCUAUAAAAUUGAUCCAGCAAGGAAUUUGAUGUGGGUGAAAGGCCAGGUCCCAGGAGCUACAGGGAACUUUGUUUUUAUAAAAGAUGCUGUAUACAAAAAACCUGACAUAUCUCUGCUUCCUUUCCCAACUUACUUUGCCCCAGAAGACGAAGAUACUGAUGAUUUGAAACCAUUGGUUGCGGAGCUAGGGGAUGUGGAUCCGUUUAUCGUUACUGAUUAAAAAGAGCUGGUUUUCAUGAUACGUUCACUUCUGCAUUCAUGAUUUCUGAGUAUAGAUGGUAAAAUGAGAUUUUUGAGGAACCUUUUUACCUGUCUUUUACGGCAAUGCUACAAAUAAGUGUGGAGUUUUGGAAUUAAUGUAUCAUACGAUUUAUUCUAAUUGAAUCGUUUCCUUUUUUAGGUAAUAUAAUUGACAUUAUUCA